GUUGUACAAUUGCUUUUUUUUGUAAAUUUUAGUUCAAUCAAACAAGUGAAAAACAACCACAAUAUCAUUUAUUAUUAUUAUUAUUAUUAUUAUUAUUAUUAUUAUUAUUAUUAUUAUUAUUAUUAUUGUUGUUGUUGUUGUUGUUGUUGUUGUUGUUCACAUUCAGGUAAGGUGUCUUUAGCUGCUUUUUUGACAAGAAAUUGCUUUUAUUAAAGAGGUUGUUUUUAUUAAAAAACAUGCCGUUAUUAAAUCUUAUUUGAAAUAAAAUCAAAUACAGAAAUACAACCAGAUAUAUAUUUAUAUCAGUGUUAUAACAGCAUGGGGUGCUUUUGAAUGUUGUGUCGGGCAGCAGGGGGCCUAGAUUCCAGGGGAAAAAAAAAAAAGAAGAAAAAAAGAGACAACUUUAGACUACACUGAGUCUCUCUGAUAAGAUUCUGCUGUCUUGUUUAUCAGAACAACAGUGUUUCAGCAACUCAAGCAGCAGAGAGAUAAACUGAAACAAUAUCGGAAGAAAAUCACAUUACAGUUGGAGCGAGAGAGACGUCUGGCCAAACAGCUCCUGAAGGAUGGCAAGAGAGAGUAAGACAUUUCACAUUACAGGCCAUUGGUUAUGUCUGCCGUCAUGCAUUACACAGGGCAUUUAUAGUGCUGAUUUGAUACCAUCUGUAUUGAUUUUGGCUGUGUGGAUUUACUAAUAUGUGUGAUUCAUGAGUCAUUUUUACAGACGAGCGCUUCUGCUGCUCAAGAAGAAACGCUACCAAGACCAGCUUCUGGACAAGACUGACAUCCAGAUAGACAACCUGGAGCGCUUGGUUCAAGACAUCGAAUUUGCUCAGAUUGAAAUAAAGGUCAUCGAAAGUUUGAAGGAUGGAAAUGACUGUCUUAAGCAAAUGCAUGAGGUCAUGUCACUGGAGGAGGUGGAGAAAAUCCUAGAGGACACAAAGGAGGCCAUUGAAUAUCAGAAGCAAAUAGAUGAUCUCCUGGCGGGCUGUCUGAAAGAGGAGGAUGAGGACGCUGUGCUAGCAGAGCUGGAGACCCUCACCCAGGGUGAAGACACAGCACUUUCAGAAUUACCCACUGAUCCACAGCCAGCAGCACCUGAGGGAGGGACAGAAAUCAAGACGGAGCGAGAGAUGCUGGUAGCGUAACGUCUGAUCCUACAACCUGGAUCAUCGCUUUGUGUUUAAUCAAAGGAAGAGCUCAGGGAAUUAAAUUGGCAGAAAAAAAGGCUUUCAUAGGGUAUUUUAUAGGCUCUCUAGAAAAUCUGGAGAAUUUUGAAAUAUAAAGGUUUGCAUUCUUGUUUACCAGGCUUGAAAAAGCAAUACAAAGGCAUUAAAGUUUAUUUAUUG